AACACUUACAAUAUAAAAAUCAUCGUAAUUGUAUAAGACAUUUGUUAUUGAAUUUCAUCAAUUUAUUAAAAAAUACUCAAAAUAUUAUAGAACCUGAUCAGGCAUAUUGACUCUUAUCUCUAGCGGCGACAACGUGAGUUAGAAAACUUUCCAAAAUAAAUAAAUGUGAUAUUCAUAAAUUAAAAGCCCAUAUGGUGUAAUUAUAUUUUUAAUAUUAAUUUUUAUAUUUAUAUAACAAUUAACAAAAAUUUAUUCAAUCAUUAUGCCGCCAAAAGUACGAAUCUCUUUGCAAGUUAUUUCCAAAUUAAAAAGCUUACGAUACCCAAUCACUGGAAGACUCUUUGGUGUUAUGUAUGACAAUUAUUUGACAAUUUUAAGUUUUGUACUCAAUCCAAAACCGCAACCAAAUCAAAAUCAAAAUAUAAAUGAGGAAGGAGAAGAUUCAGAAAGAUGUAAAGAAAAAAAUAAUGCAAUUAUGCCAGCUGAUCUUCAACUAAAUAUGCCCGCAGAAAUUGAUCUUUGUGGAGUGUUAUUUGUUGAAGAAUCUGAAGAAAAGAUUCCUGAUGCUUUCACGGAUAUUGAUGUCACAGAUAAUCCGUUAUUAAUCAAGUAUUCACGUAAUAACGGAAUCUCAGCCUUUUAUUACAUCCAUGAACAAUUAAAAUGUGCUGGAAAACUGGAAUUUAUUGACACAGAAUUAUUUGAAGAUAAAUUUUCUUAUAUUAGAUUGAAAACAGUCAUACCAAUAAUUACCGAAAAAUCUGAUUUUACUGAGAUAUUUCAGUCAACGAGAAAAAAUAUCGCUUCAGGUGCAGUAGGAUUCUAUUUUCCACAAAGUAAUACAUUCCUCAUGGAUAAUGACAGUGAUUCAAGAGAACUUUCAAUGUUGAAAUCUUUAAAUAAUUCUACUAAAUAUUCUGGCUUUAUCAAUGUGAUUGAUGUCAACAUGUUUAUGAGAAUAACAAAUGAAAAUAAUCCAGAAGAUGUACAAAAAUAUGCUCCAGUUGUUCAACAUAUCAAGUUACCAUUUGAAAGUUACCAUUUCAAUCUUAAUAUUGACACACUUUCUUUAAUUGGUCAUAACAUUACUGCUACUCAAGUUUACUCAAUUCUUGUGGAAUCUGUCUGCCGAUCUCUUCGACUUAUUGAAAGAUCUAUUAUGGAGCAAAUAAAUGAAAACAAAAAUGUACUACGAGUUCCUGAAGUUCUCCAUUUUAAAUUACCAUCUUUUGAUCAUUUAUUUACAAUAGCUUAUUCUGAUAUUUCUUCUGAAAAAACAAAAGACUACAGAAAAAAUUUACAUAAUGUCUUUGCAUUGGAUCUGAGUCGACCAUAUUUCAGGAAAGGAAAUGCAGUAAGAUUUUCAAGUGAUUUUAAAUCAAAUGAACCUCUUAUUGAACCACAUAUAGCAAUUAAAUCACACUUAGGAACUAAUUCUAGUCUGGUUAGUGGGCUUUACUCUUACUAUCAUUAUGAGCAAGACAAUUUUAAUGAUAGUGGUUGGGGCUGUGCAUAUCGAUCAUUACAAACGAUAUUUUCAUGGUUCAAGCUUCAAGGGUAUACUGAUAAACCUAUACCUUCUCAUCGUGAUAUUCAAAAAUGUUUAGUCGAUAUUGGCGAUAAAGCGCCCAAAUUCAUCGGGUCUAAUCAGUGGAUUGGAUCAACAGAAGUUGGAUUUGUUUUAGAAAUACUUUUAAAUAUUUCAGUUAAAGUAUUAUGUGCUUCCAAUGGUAAAGAUAUGCCCAAUUUAAUUGAUGAUCUUAGAGAACACUUUGAUAAUCAAGGAACUCCAGUUAUGAUUGGUGGUGGUGUGUUGGCUCAUACAAUUUUAGGUGUAAGCUACGAUGAAGAAAAUAAACAGCCUUAUUGGUUAAUAUUAGAUCCUCAUUACGAAGGAUCAGAUAAUUUAAAUGAAGUUAUAACGAAAGGAAUGUGUGCAUGGAAAGGUAAAGAAUUUUGGAGGAAAGAUGCGUUUUAUAAUAUGUGUUUGCCUCAAAGACCAUAUUGUUAUUAGAAAAGUUAUUUUAUAAUUAUUGGUAUUACUACAAUUACUAUUACCGAUUGUAUAACGAGGUACAAGUAAGUCUGCAUUAGAUAAAUUAGUAAUAAAUUAGAAGUAAUUAAUAUUAAAAGAAAAAUAUGAAUUCAAUUAUCUUUACAAGUUUAAAUCAAAGAUUUUUUAAUGCAAACUUAAUUAAAAAUAACAUUUCUAUUAUUUUUACAUUAAAUGUUUACA